CUGGGCCCCCGCGUAGAGCCGCCUUGCAGAGUUCAGUCGCGCUGGGAGAGGAAUGCGCUGGGAUGUGGAGCGGCACCGACUGUAGGAAAUCGACGCAACAACUCGCACAGUAUGGACAGUAAUGAUCCGUAUUUACACCUCAACUCCACAGGGCCAAUGAGCACGGCCCACACCCACCCGCCUCCCAUGGGUGGCAUGGUGGGCCACCCGUCAGUCAUCAGCACUUCCAGGCCCCUGCCGUCCCCCAUGUCCACCUUGGGCUCGCCGAUGAAUGGCCUGGCCUCACCCUACCCCGUCAUUACAUCAUCACUGGGCUCACCUUCUGUGUCGCUGCCGUCCACGCCCAACAUGAACUUUGGACCACUCAGCAGUCCCCAGAUGAACUCUAUGAACAGUGUCAGCAGCUCGGAGGACAUCAAGCCUCCGCCAGGCCUACAGAACCUGGGAAACAUCAACUACCAGUGUACGAGCCCCGGGGGAAUGUCAAAGCACAUCUGCGCCAUUUGCGGGGACCGCUCCUCAGGAAAGCACUACGGUGUGUACAGCUGUGAGGGAUGCAAAGGCUUCUUCAAGAGGACCGUCCGAAAAGAUCUCACGUACACAUGUCGAGACAACAAGGAGUGCCUGAUUGACAAGCGCCAGCGAAACCGCUGCCAGUACUGUCGCUACCAGAAGUGCCUGGCCAUGGGCAUGAAGAGAGAAGCGGUGCAGGAAGAGAGGCAGCGUGGGAAGGAGCGAGGGGAGAAUGAGGUGGAAUCUACCAGCAGUUUCAACGAGGACAUGCCUGUGGACAAGAUCCUGGAUGCUGAGCUCGCUGUGGAACCCAAAACAGAGACGUACAGUGACGGCAGCCCCGGAAACUCUACCAACGACCCAGUCACCAAUAUCUGCCAAGCAGCAGACAAACAGCUCUUCACACUGGUGGAGUGGGCCAAAAGGAUCCCGCACUUCUCUGAACUCCCGCUCGAUGAUCAGGUCAUCCUACUACGAGCAGGCUGGAACGAGUUGCUUAUUGCCUCAUUCUCGCAUCGCUCAGUCACGGUAAAAGACGGCAUCCUGUUGGCGACAGGCCUCCACGUCCACAGAAGCAGCGCCCAUAGUGCUGGAGUGGGCUCCAUCUUUGAUAGAGUCCUGACAGAGCUGGUAUCUAAAAUGAAAGAUAUGCAGAUGGAUAAGACAGAGCUUGGCUGCCUGCGUGCCAUCGUCCUGUUCAACCCAGACGCAAAAGGUCUUUCAAACCCACCAGAGGUUGAGGGGCUAAGGGAAAAAGUCUACGCUUCAUUGGAGUCGUAUACAAAACAGAAAUACCCGGACCAGCCUGGCAGGUUUGCCAAACUGCUGCUCCGCCUGCCUGCCCUGCGCUCCAUCGGCCUCAAGUGCCUGGAGCAUCUGUUCUUCUUCAAGCUGAUUGGGGACACACCUAUUGACACCUUCCUGAUGGAGAUGCUGGAGGCUCCGCAUCAGAUCACAUGACACCAGUCCCCUCUCCUUCCCCCUGUAUAUACUCCCACAUUGUCAGCGAUAUGAAGAUGGAAUUAAAAAAAAGACUGAUUUAAAUUGUAAAACAGCAUAUUUUGUACCAAGCAAAACAUUGUAAUUAAAAUUUUAAAAAAGUAUUUUGAGGGUGUGGGGAGGAUGAGACGGAGGAUUGAGUACACUGUCAUAAUGAAUUCUAAUGCAACUGUUAACAGAUUUCUUUUGUAAAUAGAUAAUUUCAGGUGUCCAUUUUAAAAACCCGAUGCAAUUUGAAAAAGAAUAAUAUUUUAUUCAAAGAGGACUUGAAUAAAAACAGAAACCAUCCCUGCAUUUCUUAAAACACAUUUGAGAAUUCUUACAGAAUAAAGUUAUUUAAAAAUUUAUCUAAAAUGUGUGUUUGUAUUGUCAUAUUUUGACAUGUAUAAUAAAUUGUUAAACUGCACAGCAGCAUCAAUAUUAAAAAAUGCAGGUUGUUACCAUUUUGAU